AUGACCACUCAAGCACUUAAUGCCCGCUUGACACCCCUUUUUGAGUCUUUGAAGCAGACGCAGCAGCUGAUCACUCGACUCUCCAAGUUUCCCGCCCAACUUGGCGCCAGCCCUUCCAACCCUGACGAGGACGACGCCCGCGUGGAACUUAGUGCAGAGAUCCACCAGACCUUGAAGGAGCAGGAGGAGGACUUUGAGUUACUCCGGCAGGAAGUAGAAGAUCAGACAAACAUAUCUAGCUGGUCGUCGAGCGCUCGCCGAAGAGACGCUGGAAAAGGCAGUCAAAGGACAGAUCUAGCAGCACAAAUUACGCGUUUGGGGGAGGAUCUGAAGAUUGCCCGUGCCCAAUUCCGCAAAGCUCAGCUUCAAGCCAAGCGCAACGCUGAAGCCGCAAAGCGCAAAGAACGAGAGCUCCUAUUCGCAGGUAUACAAGAAGGAAACAGCACUACAGCUUACGGUCGAAGAAAGGGCCAAGAGAAGCUAUCACAGGAGGAAAUACUACUCAAUGCUUCAAGUGACGUGACUGCUGCAUUGAGAAGGACCCAUACGCUGAUGUCAGCCGAGCUCGAAAGGAGCCAAUUCGCACGAGAGACUCUAGAAACCUCUACAAAAGACCUGGCUACCCUAUCGGAAUCUUACAGUAACCUCGACACUCUCCUCUCGUCGUCCCGUUCACUAGUUUCUAGUCUCAUACACUCGCAGAAAUCCGACACCUGGUACCUCGAGAGCGCUUUUUAUAUCCUUGCUGCUACUAUCGCCUGGCUUGUGUUUCGACGCCUCAUCUACGGACCUGGCUGGUGGUUGUUGUAUCUGCCUACGAAGUGGCUGUGGCGGUUGAGCCUAUUGGCCGUGCAGCUUUUGGUAGGCUCACUAUCAGCAGUAGCUGGAACUGUUGGAGCAAAGAAUCAGAGCAGCGCCCUUUCUCAAGCCUCGGAAAGCAUUGUUACAAGCUUCGCGCAGAAACCCACUGGCACGGGCAAGAUCCCGACUUUCAGACCGAACAGUCCGGCACCUUCAGUCAACGUCGGAGCUGGUGGACAAGGCGCCAAGAUGCAGCAGCCGCAGCAGCCUUCACGAAAGGAGGACAAGACGUUGUCAGAUCAAGUGGGGGAGAUGGCCGAGCAGAGUCAGAAGGAGGAGCACACCCAGCUAGAGAACACAGCAACCGCUGAAGGAGAACAGCAGGGCACCGUGCUAAGAGAGAGGAGAGAGGAUGAGCCUCCAAACCCCAAAAAGCGAAUGUGGGAAGAGCCCAUUGAUCGGUCCCGGGAGAACGCCCCGCGAGACGAACUGUAA